CGUUCAACCUCCAUCCAAAUCUACGAAACGAAAUCAAUCGCCCGCCUCUUCCCAACUUCCUGCCCUUUGUCGACUCAACCUACCCACCAUUACUUUCCCUAUAGCAACAGCAACAGCAACCGCAGCAGCACAGCAGCAACCGCAACAGCAACAGCAUUUGCAAAUCGCCAAUCAAGUACUCCGUUAAUCUAUAUUCUCUCCUUCCUUGCUUUAUUCUUCCAUUUUUAUUACCCAGGAAGAAAUUAACGAUACAAAAUCCAGCAUCCAGCGGACGAAAAUAAUACACUUACCCUCAACCUCCUUUGCGAUUAGCCAUCCCUCGUUACUCUAUCGCAUAUUACGCUCUCGAUAUAACAUCGCCCGUGACGGGAGAGUAUGCGCUAGGAAACUUGUUUACCCCGAGGGGACUCUCUACACAAUCGAAUCGAUCCCAGGCCUACCUCUUCUCAUUUGCUUGACUCUUAAUAAACCCCAACUGCUACUGGCUUUUCUCAACCCUGGAAAUUGCUACAUACUAGUUUGGCACCUGUUGCUAUUACUAUUUUACUUACCGCAUUCGUUCCUUCAUACUGAAAACGAGCUAUUUGGUCCCCGCAUUUGCACCUGCACCUGCAUCUCUGCCCAGUAUCAUGACCAGAGAGUCUGACUUGGCCUCCGUGCCGCCACCACCAUUAAAACGACAGGCGCACGACGUGGCAAGCCCUUCCCUACAAACAUCUUCAAGGAUGGCGACUCCUCCUCCGCCAUCAGACCGGGCGAGACUGCAAGUCAUGAAUAACGUGGAGGGUCGCAAUUCGAAGAGCUUACGCAACAGUGACCGAGGAGGCGACAGGCCAAGCAUGGCCGGCAUCGAUCCGGAAAGCUUGUCGAGGGCCCUUUCAAGAGAACUCUCGGCUGAGAGGCGAGAUAGCACGACGGGUGCGAGUCCUAGUAGGAAGCGUCAACGAAUCAAUGGUGACAGAUUCAUACCCUCACGUUCUGGCCAAGACCUUCAGGCUAGUUUUAGCCUCUUGCACGAGGAAGGCUCUCCAGCGACACCCUCGCGACAAAAGAAGCGUACCCCACAUGGCGAGCUUCACUUUCAGAAGACCGAAGAGGCAAAUCGAAUAUUCUCCACCGUGCUGAGGGCAGAACUCUUCGAGAACACCAUACCACAAGCUGCCCCGCAAACGCUGUCGCCAGAUGCCAACUUGCCAGGAUCGUCACAUUCAAACCACGGCCACGAUGGCACUAGGUCUCACACACCUCCAAGUAACCCGCCUCCCACUCUACCUUCUAGUUUCACACCCUCAACCCCACACAAGAAUCUCUUCUCUUAUAUGUCACCCCGUAAUCACUCCAACAUCGCAGGCCAUCCAACACCCUCUAGGACCCCUCAAAGUCGACAUGGCCCCAAUCUGGAUAUACGAUCGGAGAUAUAUAGUUUAUCGCCAGUCCGAUUUGGGAGCCAGCAGAUGCUAUUAAGCCCGAGACGACAACCACGAUCAGUGAGCAAAGUGCCCUACAAAGUUUUGGAUGCCCCUGAACUGGCAGACGACUUCUAUUUAAACUUGGUCGAUUGGGGUAGUGCCAAUGUCUUGGGCGUUGGCUUGGGCUCAAGUGUUUAUAUGUGGAAUGCGCAAACAAGUCGAGUUAACAAGCUUUGUACGCUGGAGGACGACACGGUGACAAGCGUAUCCUGGAUUCAGAAGGGCACACACAUUGCUAUCGGCACGGGAAAGGGUCUAGUCCAAAUCUGGGACGCUGAGAAGACGAGACGCCUAAGGACCAUGACAGGACAUACUGCCCGCGUGGGAUCGCUGGCCUGGAAUACUCACAUCCUGACUUCAGGAUCCCGAGAUCGAUUAAUAUAUCACCGUGACGUCAGGGCUCCCGAUCAAUGGAUGCGAAAGCUUGCGGGCCACAAACAAGAGGUUUGUGGCUUGAAGUGGAACUGUGAGGACGGCCAGCUGGCGAGUGGAGGCAACGAUAACAAGCUCAUGGUCUGGGAUAAGCUUUCGGAGACGCCCCUCUGGAAGUUCUCAGAUCAUACCGCUGCCGUCAAGGCAAUUGCUUGGUCCCCCCAUCAGCGUGGCCUCCUUGCGUCUGGUGGUGGAACAGCUGAUAGGAGAAUUAUAUUCCACGAUACAGUUCGGGGAUCGGUCAUCAACGAAGUGGACACAGGGAGCCAAGUAUGCAACAUAUCCUGGUCUAAGAAUUCCAAUGAAAUCGUCUCCACCCAUGGCUACAGCCAAAACCAGAUCGUUGUCUGGAAGUAUCCCGCCAUGACCCAGGUAGUCAGUCUUACAGGCCAUACAUACCGAGUCCUUUACUUGGCAAUGAGCCCUGAUGGCCGGACUAUCGUGACAGGGGCUGGGGAUGAGACCCUGCGAUUCUGGACCGUUUUUGGGCGAAGACCAGGCCAGCGGGAAGACAGUGAUGGUGGUGGUGGUGGGCGAUUGAGUGACUGGGGUGUUAUUCGAUAAGAAAGUCGAACGCUUUUACAUACUAUACACACACACACACACAACUUCGACUCAAUCCAUUGAGACGGUGGCAACAUUUUUGCUCCGACAUGAGGAUAUUCGCAUUUACCCAGUUUCACGACCUAUUCAAAGAGAACAACCUAUGAUCGGUUGCAUCCAUCGGCGUUAUCGUUUUAGGGACCUCUACAUGUAUAAGUCUGCUUGGGAGUUAGGCUUGCUCUUUCUUCGGUUGUGUAGCUAUCGCGGUAUGCGAGGAUAUUCGAGGCUUAGCUGGGUUGCAUUUGAAUCGCCUGGUGGCGGCGGCGGUAGAGACAUAAUCUUUUAUCAUGGACAGCAUCGGCGUUGCGGUGGGUGAGGCGGCAGACUCCGUUAAUUCGAAGAAGUCGACCAGCUUGGCUCUAUUUGAGCACGAAGUUAAAUCCAAUCGGUAUGAAUCGGAAAAUUAUGAGCAUUAUUACGGGAGCGUCAUGGAUAGGGAUUAGAGGCGCAUUAAAAUUCGUAAUUAUUUCCGAGCAUUGACACGAGCCUCCGUUGAUUAGGAUGGCUGCUAACAAUCGGUGUCUGAAGUGUCAAUGCCCUCAUUGCAACGCACCUAACGUGACUGCAUAUUCAUCUACAUACAUACAUACAUAC